AUGUCUACGGGCUACCUCAAAAUCAGCACUGCCAACAUGAAGACCGGCCCGGGUGUUGAACUCCUUAGCGACCAAAAAGUCAUUGUCAGCAGCGUGCUCGACCUUUUCGCUGGUCGUGCCUCGCAGAGGAAGCUCAACCUCUGGUCCGAUGAUGCCGUUUUCGAAGAUCCCUUAACUCAGGUUCGAGGCAGGAAAGAGUUUGAAUCCCAAUGGUAUGGCCUCCAAACCGCCUUCUCUCAGAUUGAACGCCUCUCGUAUGAAGUUACCUCAUCCGGCAACCCAAUUACCAUGGAAUUGAAGACGCGCUAUAUUGUCAAGGGUGCCAAAUCAUCAACCACCAUCAAAUCGGUUGUCAGCAUCUACACAGAUUCCACUGGCCAAAUCACGAAAGUGGAAGACAAGUGGAAUGAUGAAGUGGCCGACAGCACGAUUGUAAAUGCUUUCCGUCGUCUCAACGCCGUCAGCAUCCCCAGUCUUGUCAGUGUUCCCAAGGACAUAGAAAACGAGAUGAGAAGAGGGAAUUAA